UAUCUGUCAAGUUGUGAAGUGUCUAACGAAAGUUGCAGUCUAAACAAAACAAGUUGAAAUUUUAAUAAAAUUCGCAAUGGAUUCUCGUUUAUAUGAAACUAAAUUGGCGAACCAUAAAAUAUUUCAUGAAAUAAAAGACGGUCUAAAAGAGAUUCCCAAUGGAAUGUUGUGUAAUUUAUUAGAAUUAAAGGACGAUGUGUUAUACGCUUGGAAUGCUGCGAAAAAUUGUUUAUUAUGUGUGAAUCUGAAGCAAUUGGAGGAACACGGAGACGAAACACAAUACCAGAAACUCCAUCUUCUAACGCCACCAGCCUUCUCCGUAGAGCGCAUCAUCAGCAGUACCUGUGGAAGUAGAUUAUGCGUGUGGGGAUCACGAGGUGUCACCGUCCUGGAGCUACCCUCGCGAUGGGGCCGCGCUGGGCUCUUCGACUCGGGUAGUCAGACUGUCCUAUGCAAAAGUCACACCCUGGAUGAGAGGUUCCUGUACUCGCAGAGUGAAGUGCGCCGCGUACACUGGCAUCCCAGCUCGCUGUCACAUCUACUGGUGCUGGUGUCUGAUAAUACUAUCAGACUAUACAACAUAGCUCUCAAAAACGGCCCGAAACUGGUGAAGAUCUUCACGAUCGGUGCCAAACCUUCGAGUCUACUGGCCGGGAAGACCAUCCUGGACAGUCUUGGAGACACCGCGGUGGACUUCACACCGACGCCCGAUACAGACGCACUCCUCAUCUUGAGGGGAAAUGGCGAUGUUUAUAUGAUGGAAUUUGAUUUGGAAGGCAAAAGUCCACUGCAGGCGAAACUGUCCGGUCCGCUGGCGAUGUACCCACCGGCUGAUGAUAACUACGGCUCCGAGUCUUGCUCCAUAACAGCCCUCGGUGGUGGUGACUCCCCUCCGCUGGUCGUGGUGGCGACUUGCUCCGCCGCGUUGUACCAUUGUCUGCUCUUACCCAAUCCAUCAGACAAAGAGAACGGCGAUAGCCACGCACUGUACGUAGUGGAAGCUGUGGAGCUGAACAUCGUGCUGAACCCUGAUGACGUCAAUAUGCAGCAUUCCUAUCCAGUGCACCUGUACCCAUGCACGAAUAAUACAUAUGCGUGUAUGCACGCAGGCGGCGUGCAUACGGUCACGCUGCCGCUGCUUGCCCACUUGAGGGAUUACGCAUUGGCCUCAGAAGAGGACUCGGAGACGGUGCUGUCAGCGAUAUGCUCGAAGUCGAGCGUGGCGCGCCACCUGGUGUGCACGAGCGGUCCCAGCGGUCCCAGUGAUCCCAGUGAUCCCAACGGUCCCGGCGGUCUCAGCGCUGCUGACGGCCGCUUCCGUCCGCCGGUGGCGCUAGCUCUGUCGGCGCCGCCGCUGCCCGCGCUACUCAUACUGUGCGAGGAUGGGACAUUACUCACCAGAACACUAGAACCGUACGACUUGGAGGAACAGCUGUACAAAGAAAUGCAAUUGAAAAAUCCGGCGCUGGACCAAGAUGACAUCAGCGUUAUACUGAAAGAGCGCCAGAAGGUGUCGUUCACGGCGAUCAUACAGGAGAUCCUGGCGCGGCAGGUGUCGCAGCCGCUGCUGCACGCCGCCGCAUCACACGAGCCCAGCCCGCAAGAGACCCUGCAGGUGAUACAGCCUUAUUAUUCCUUUACCAGCUUUUUGACCGCCAUAAGCUUUGGCUGCGCUUACAGCGCUGAGACUGAGCAGCACGCCACGUGGCUCGCUGAUCUACAGGUAGAGGUGAAUGACACCCAACUGCAGUCGAGCGUGCUGAGAGAGAAGUGCGUACUAGCUGAGAAACACCAAGACGACAUUAAAUACAGGUGUUCAGCAGUCAUCCGCCGCCUCCGAGCUGGCUGCGGACCGUCGGCUGCUGAGCGUGCCCUGAUAAGAGAACUGGAGGUGCACCGCGCCCGUGGCGACCAGCUCGCAGACCAGCUGCGGCUGCUGCAACAUCACGCACAGCACAAGAGCCACGAGUUAAAGCAGUGGCAAGAAGACUACAAAAAGAAAGACAUAGCUCUCGGGAAAUCGCACAGCGACACAAUAUCGUCCAUAUUACAGCAACAGACCAGCCAAAUUUCCACACUCAUCGAGGAGACCAAACUGCUUAAAGAUCAACUCAGUAUUAUAUAAUACUUUGAUUUUUCAUUUACCUAUUUGUUAAUUAUUUAAAUAUUAAUUUUGAAUUUACUCACAAAAUUUACUGUACAAAAGAGUUUGCCUUAAAAUUAUUCAAAUAGUAAAAUAUCUUAUAUCUCGUAAAUUUUUAAUACUACAUGUGUUUUUUUUUCUGUUCUUAGUGUUUAGUAAACAAUGUUGGUGUAUCUUUUAGUUCAUAUAUCAUUUUUUAUACAACUUAGAAUGGCAAACAAGCUGACGGUCCACCUGAUGGAAAGUGGUAACCGCCUAUAGACAUGAGCAGUACCGUGAACAUAACAGAGUAUACUGAUUCGCCCAUGAUACCACCCCAUGCGUUGCCAUUCCUCAGGGCUCAAGUGUGAUUCCUCUGUACCGUGUAAAUUCACUGCCAUAUCCCACCCUUCAAAGUGAAACACAGCCAUGUAAACACAACUGCAUCACGGUUGAAACACGAAUGGGACAGAGGUGCCCGAGCAAUCGACUUUUGUACAAAGUCUCCCUCUGAUAAAAGUCAAUCAAUCAAUUAUUUUAAUUCACAAAUAGCUAAAUUAAAAAAGGUUUUUGUUUAAUUUAUUACUUUUACUAUUUUUUUUAAUUUUUAUAUUACUAAUUAUAUUAAAAAGACAUACUAAAAUUGUUUACUAAAUGUAUGUAAUUGUAAAUAUUUUCAUACUUUGAAUGUAUUAUGAAAAGAAAAACCUUGAGAAAUAAAUCCUCCCUGAUUAUCUGCGUGAUUACUGAUUAAAAAUUUUAAUCAAAUUGUAUGAACAUUCUUAAAUUCAAAUUUUGUU